GGUGCGGGGGGCAGUCGGGCUUGAACCGGGAGAGCGCGCUCGAACAACAAGUGGUUCAGAAUAACAAGUUGCGACCAAGAGAGCCAACUAACUAAGAAAGAAAGCAAAACACCCAAACAAACAAAGUUGUGCGUGGUUUUUGCCGCACUUGAAGAGAACGACGGCGCGCGCCGGUUGAGGCUAAUUAGUUAAAUCGGUUCACCCGGUGCUCCCGCACAAACUGCGGGAACACCAGGUGGACUUUGCCGGCCAGGUGCGCGGCGACCCCAAAAGCAGGGGGGAAAAAGAAGAAGAAGAAGAAGAAGAAGCGCUUUUUUGUGUUUUUUUGCUUCGAAUUGUCCUCUUCAAGUUCACCGCUCGCCAUGUACAGCAUGAUGGAACACGAGUUGAAGCCCAGCGGGCAGCCGGUGCACCACACGGCCCAAGGCAUGUCACCGGCCCCUCCGGGCAGCAUGACGCCCGGCAACGGCGUCCCUCACCCGGGCUCCAAAAGCGCCCUGGCCCCCGGCGGAGGGGACCCCAUGGAUAAGGUGAAGCGGCCCAUGAACGCCUUCAUGGUGUGGUCCCGGGGCCAGAGGCGCAAGAUGGCCCAGGAGAACCCCAAGAUGCACAACUCCGAGAUCAGCAAGCGGCUCGGCGCCGAGUGGAAGCUGCUGAGCGACGCCGAGAAGCGGCCGUUCAUCGACGAGGCCAAGCGGCUGCGGGCCGUGCACAUGAAGGAGUACCCGGACUACAAGUACAAGCCGCGGCGCAAGAGCAAGCCCAGCAUGCUGAAGAAGGACGCGCAGGUGCCCAAGUACCCGCUGGCCGCCGGGAACCUGCUGGUGACGGCCCAGGGCCAGGGCGCCAGCCCCCGGAUGCACGAGAGCUACGGCUGGGGCCCCGCGGGGGGCUACGCCGGGAUGCAGGGCGAGGCGCUCGGCUACACUCCGCAGCUGCACCGCUACGACCUGACGGCCCUCCAGUACCCGCCCGCCAUGACGGCGGCCCAGACCUACAUGAACGGAAGCAACUCGUACAGCCCGAUGUCGUACAGCGGCAGCCCCCAGCAGCCCAGCCCGGUUCCCAUGUCCAUGGUGAAACCGGAAGCCGUGUCCCACUCGCCCCCGACGCCCGCCCACCACCGGGGCCCCCUGCAGGGCGACCUGCGGGACAUGAUCAGCAUGUACAUCCCGGGGGGCGGCGACGGCGGCGGCGACCCGGCGGGGGGGCCGGCCCCCAGGGGCUACGGCGGCGUCCAGCAGCACUACCUCAGCGGCACCGUCCCCCUCACGCACAUCUAGAAGCGCACGGGACAAUCUGCACUCACGUCUCAUGCUGUUCCUGUGGGAUGUCGUCGUUCCGCAUUGUACAAAGUGGCUUAUUUUUAAUACACUUUAGUUUGUUUUUACUUUUUGAAGAAAAUCUCUAGAUGCCGUUGGAAAUGCGGCAUUUCGGUAGCUUUACGCGGAGGGCGCGGAAGCCGUGGGUGGGCUCGCCCUUCCUCCCGACGCCUCUCCAUUAGUUUGAAUGUGUAAAGAGAAUGUAUACUGCUAACGUUGCUGUUUAACUUCACCCGACGGCGUCGACUUGUUCGGCCUGUCACGAUACGUCGCUGGCAUAGAUGAGCAAACGUUCAAUUGUCAUCGAUCCAUUUUUUCUUUUUAUUUUCUUUCCUUUCAUGUGAAAUUGGCUCAUUUGGUUGGGACUCAUUGCACAUGACUUUGAACGCAAUUUCCCUCUCAAACCAUCAGCUGCGACGUACGGCGUGUGUAUAAUCUGUACAGUAUGUUGUAGCUGCUGCUAUGGACCUACAUUUGGUUUAUUUCUCCAUCCAUUACUAACUAGAUACACGUAUUUGUUUUUUAAAAAUGUCGUGUAAAUGUUUACAUUUUUAGCUGUUUUACUCGCGUAUCGCUGUUUUUUUUUUUUUGUAGAAUCCAUUCCAUGUGGUCUAGUUACUGUACGUAGCGCUCUUGUAAAUAAUGUACACAUUUUAGGCUCUUAUACUAAGAGUCUUGAUUGCAUUUUUGAUUAAAAAAAAAAAAGUAUGGAUUUCAUGACUAUUAAUAAAAAGUACAAAUCA